AUGUCUUCCCCAGAUCCUCCCUCCGCCCAACUCGAAGAGUUGCCCGCGAUCCCUCCCAUCCUCAUCCAAGAAGCUGGAGCAGCCGCUGCUGCUGCCUUGGAAGACGAGGAGAACACACAUCCCGCCACAUCGACGCCGGAGGGCCAUGUCCGGCAUCAUAGUGGUGUUUCUCCUCGCCUAGAGGAGGUGCCUCCCCCGGCCUACAAUAGUGCAGAGUAUGGACAAUUGGAUAUUAGCCAGAAUGGUCUGGACACCGGAGCACGAGUCGGUAGCGAUGGCAGAGUGAACAUCAAGAUCAAUCAGCGCAGUCGCAAGCUCACGAACCUUCUUAUACCUGCCCUUCGUCACCAGCUCGAACUCCAGAGACAGAAAGCUGCUGGGGAGCCUCCCGUUCCAGAAGGUCUGGGAGAGACAGAGGGGCUCCCCCCACCUCCCAUGAACAUUGUCAUUCAGAUUGUGGGUAGCAGGGGAGAUGUCCAGCCGUUUGUGGCAUUGGGUCAAGUGCUGAAGAACAAAUACAACCACCGAGUCAGGAUUGCCACUCAUCCUACAUUCAAAGAGUUUGUCAUUGAAAACGGUUUGGAAUUCUUCAGCAUUGGAGGAGAUCCCGCCGAGCUGAUGGCGUUUAUGGUCAAGAACCCGGGCCUUAUGCCAGGCUGGGACUCGCUAAAGAGUGGCGACGUCGGAAAGAGAAGGAGGGGUAUUUACGAAAUCAUCACAGGUUGCUGGAGAUCAUGCAUUGAAGCUGGCGAUGGCACUGGCGUCCAGAUUACGGACGACAACAUGGAUACUCGCAGUUUCGACAGUGCCAUUUCCUUGAGUACUGAUCCUUCACAGAAGCCUUUCGUGGCAGACGCUAUCAUUGCCAAUCCACCCAGCUUUGCCCACGUCCACAUCGCAGAGAAAUUGGGCAUACCUCUGCAUCUGAUGUUCACCAUGCCCUGGUCGCCUACCCAGUCUUUUCCCCAUCCACUUGCUAACAUCAUCUCCUCAAACACCGACCCCAACAUGGCCAACUUCAUUACCUACGCCUUGGUAGACAUGCUCACCUGGCAAGGACUGGGCGAUGUCAUAAACCGAUUUCGUGAGCACAGCCUUGGCUUGGAGCCAGUCAGUAUCAUGUGGGCUCCAGGCAUGAUAAGUCGACUGAGGAUACCUUGGACUUAUUGUUGGUCGCCAGCUCUGAUCCCGAAACCGGCGGACUGGGGCGACCACAUAGAUAUCUCGGGCUUCUUUUUCCUGAACCUAUCUACAAGCUACACCCCGCCGCAGGAAUUGGCGGAUUAUCUGGCCGCUGGCCCUCCUCCUGUGUACAUUGGAUUUGGGUCAAUCGUGGUUGACGACCCAAAUGCUAUGACCAAGAUGAUCUUCGAGGCUGUCAAGAAGACAGGACAGCGAGCAAUCAUCUCCAAAGGGUGGGGUGGCUUGGGAGCUGACGAAGUGGGCAUCCCGGAAGGUGUCUUUAUGUUGGGCAAUUGCCCUCACGACUGGCUGUUCAAGCACGUUUCGUGUGUUGUUCACCACGGGGGUGCUGGUACCACUGCCGCCGGUAUCCUGGCCGGUAGACCCACCGUUGUGGUCCCCUUUUUCGGCGAUCAGCCAUUCUGGGGCGCUAUGGUAGCCAGAGCUGGAGCAGGCCCUGCGCCCAUUGCAUACAAGAAUCUGACGGCCGAAAAACUUGCCGCCUCGAUCACGGAAGCAUUGAAGCCGGAGUCGUUUGAGCGUGCGCAAGAGUUGAGCUUGAAAAUCCAAGCAGAUGACGGUACAGGUGCUGGAGCCGCCUCGUUUCAUAAGCAAAUUCACCUGUCGGAUAUCAGAUGUUCUUUGGCUCCUACUCGCACAGCUGUUUGGCGUGUCAAGCGAACAGACAUCCGUUUGUCGCCUCUUGCAGCCACGGUGCUGGGCACCGAGGGUCUGUUAGACUUCUCCGACUUGAAGCUCUACCGCCCCCGAGAAUAUGAGACCGAGGAGGGUCCUUGGGAACCAAUAUCCGGUGGCGCCGCAGCACUAAUUGGUACAAUAGGCAAUCUCUCCAUGGGUGUCGCAGAUUUUCCUGUGGAGCUUUUGAGAUCUCUCAAGAGCGCUUCUGGUGAGGUCAAGGACAUCCACGAGAAGAGAAAGGUGUCCGACGAAACUUCGACCCCUGUACUUUCUUCAGGGCCUGACGCUGUUCAGGACGAGCAGUCAACUGCAGAGACGUCGACACCGGCACAGAGUCCCGCUACAACCCCUGACCCAUCCGCCACAGGAGCCCAGGAUGCAGGCGCGUCUACUUCGAGAGUGUCCUCCAUCUCAACAGUACUGUCACCAGAUGGGUCAACACGGAGCGACGGGCAACACCAUCGCACGUGGUCACAACAAUCUGGGUCAGCGUCACAGCAAUCUCGGCCAGGGUCGCCUUUACCGCAUGCCGGAGGUGAUCGCACUCCUUGUCCAGGCGAGGAGGUGGGACAAGUCUCACUGGAGACAGCAUUGCAAGGCGCCAAAGCCGUAGGAACCAUAGUUUCGGCUGGCAUGAAAUCGCCUUUGGACUUUACAUUGUCUUUGGCCAAGGGCUUUCACAACGCACCGAAGCUAUAUGGCGAUGAGACAGUCCGGCGAAAUGAGAAAAUCGUCGAUCUCCGCUCAGGCUUGAAGGUCGCAGGGAGGGAAUUUGGAUAUGGAUUCUACGAUGGCAUUACUGGACUAGUCACUCAUCCCCUGGCUGGUGCCAAGAAGGAGGGCCCUGCCGGGUUCUUCAAGGGCGCUGCCAAAGGCUUUGGGGGCCUGAUUCUCAAGCCUGGUGCAGGUAUCUGGGGACUUCCAGGUUACACAGCGAAGGGUAUCUACGCCGAGGUGGCCAAGUAUUUUGGCAGCUCAGUGCAGAACUAUAUUAUUGCUGCCCGAGUUGCACAAGGCUAUGAUGAAUGGAAGAGCAGCACCCCGGAGGAGAGGGCCCAGAUCGUGUCUGCUUGGAAGGACAGUAAACUUGAAAUACGCAAAGGAGGAAAGCUCUAUGGGAAUGAGCGUAAGGAAGCCACCAGCAGUCAGGUUCCGACGGAGACUCAGAGUGAUUCCCCCGAAUUGCUCAGUGGCUUCAAACAUACGAGGCAUCUGAGCUGGGACCAACGGAAAGCCCUUUCUGAGCAAAGGGACCGACUCCGAAAAGAGCAGAAAGACCUGCAACAGCGUGAGAAGGAGAUCAAGAGGACGGAGGCAAAUCGCUCGGGCAAGGUCAAGAGUCGGUGCAAGUUCUGUCCCUUUGACCAUGACAGCAGUCACCACGCCGAGUACAGCAACUCUGUUUUGAGCAUGCCCUCGGCACCCACCUCUACCCAGUCUCGAUCUGGAGGAGAUCUUGGGACCGCGACUCAUGACUAUGAGCAAGCUAUCCAGACCUCGAUUGGGGCAACGAGCAAGGGCAACCCAGACGAGGACGCCGUCAUCGAAAGAGCUCUACGUGCAAGCCUGCGUGAGUUGCAUGCAGCGGGUCAAAGUGCCGAAACGGACGAGGAUGCAGCCUACAACUCCGCGAUCAAAGCGAGUAUGCAGGAGUUCAAGAAGGCACAAACCGAACAAGCGGAGGAAGCCCAAGAGACUGGUGUGGUGCCGACGUCCACCGCACCGCAAGAACUGACAGAGGAUGACCACGAACUCGAAAGAGUGCUGAGACAGAGCUUGAAAGAGUUCAAAGCUGCACAGUUCGCACGGCAAAAGAGUGUGACUGCCAGGGCUGCUGGUGGUGGCGGCGGCAGCGGCAGCGACUCCGGUGUCGACACGGAUUAUGAUGAGGACUUCAAACGCGUGAUCGAGGAGAGUAAACGACUCCACACCGAGAACGAGCAGAAGAAGAAAGACCUGACAGGACAAGGGUUGGUCUUGACGCCGACGACGACCGCCACCACCGCAUCCACCGGGAGUGGUCGUGGGGAUGGCGAUCUCAAUGAAAAGGCUGAUGAGGAAGCCGUUGAGAGUGAUACGGAUGAAGAGCUAAGACGAGCCAUUACUGCAUCCAAACAAGAUGAGCUGAUCCGCCAGGAAAGUGCGAGUAAGCAGAAGACCGAGGAGGAAAUCGUGAUGGAAUAUGUCAAAAAGCAGAGCUUGCUGGAGGAGCAGUUGAAGGCCAAGAGGGCGGCAUCUUCCACAAAUGUUGAAACAUCACCCUCGGGGCCCUCUGCGUCGUGA